GAAGAGCUGCAAGACCCAGUUCAUCGACCAUUGCCACAGUUUGCUGCCAAUGUCAAAUGCUCUGAGAGCUUUUUGAAAGCCAUGCGAACUUUCCUGCCACCGGAAGUCAGUCAGCGUGCAAACGAUCUUCAGACUGAAUGUCGCAAAGUUGUCCUGAGCAUCUCGCAGAUGCAGAAUGGCUGUCCGUUGGGCCUUACAAAGGAAGAGUUCUUCGCCCUUGCCGCGUAUGCCUUCGAUAUACGACAGAAGUUUCCUGAUGCUCCAGUCCAUCAGAACUUUUACGUGCACCUGCGGAAGAGCGUGCGGCAGCGAGAUAGAGGCUCUUUAGAAGACUUGGGAGCUUAUCUGCAGCAUUGGCUGAAGGGCCUGGAAAAGCAAA